GAAAUGGAUGCCAUCACGAAAAUGGAAGAAGCAUUAUUUUGGCCCAGCAUCUGGACUUUGUGCAAUUCACUUAUUGUUCCUUGUUUCUAACAUGCACACCUGUCAAACAGAUGAAUCUUCUAUGAAAGAAUGUUUCAUCCAUGGAACUAACCUUUUAUUAAAGGAUCACCAGGUAAGGUGAAGUUUCUCCUUGCCCUUUCAUGUGUUCAUUCAUGGAGGCAUUCUCUCACAUGGCAAAUGUCUGAGACUGAGAAUGCAUUAUUUAUAUCUGCAUAUCUUUGAUCCACAGGGCUACAUGGCAGAUAAAAGUUUGAAAUGGAGGUGUCUUCUAUGUCAGCCGGCUUCAAUUGGUCAAACAUUACCUACCUGA